AUGCGCUUGUCCGGAACAUGGUCUAUUCUUAAUGGCCUCGUCGCAACACUCCUCUUCUCAACGUUGACGCCUGCGAUCGAAUUAGACCUCAACGAUGAACAAUCAAUCAAAGAUGCCGCAAGUACGAGUGCUUACUCCAUGAUGGGAUGGUAUUACGGCAACGAAACUGGACAAAUCCCUGGCUCUUUCCCUGAAAAAUGGUGGGAAGGCUCUGCUCUUUUCCUCGCCCUGCUUCAGUACUGGCACUUUACGGGCGACACGACCUAUAACUCUUUGAUGAGCGAAGGAAUGCAGUGGCAAUCGGGCGAAGAGGGUGACUACAUGCCCAGCAAUUACAGUAGCUAUCUGGGAAAUGACGACCAAAUGUUCUGGGGUCUUGCAGCUAUGCUGGCCGCCGAGCUGAAAUUCCCUGAUGUCGAGGACGGAUUCUCGUGGCUUUCACUGGCACAGGGUGUGUUUAACACCCAGACCGCUCGAUGGGAUAUGACAACAUGUGGUGGUGGUCUGCGUUGGCAGCUCUUCCCUUACCAAUCGGGAUACACCAUGAAGAACUCCGUAUCCAACGGCGGUCUGUUCCAACUCGCUGCGCGCCUCGCCCGCUACACCGAUGAUGAUAAGUACUCAAAAUGGGCCGAGAAGAUCUGGGACUGGUCUGUUUCCUCACCGCUAGUGGACAAUAAGACCUGGAAUGUUGCCGAUUCAACACAAAUGGCAAAUGACUGCGCCGACUCUGGUAAUUAUCAGUGGACCUACAACUACGGAGCAUACCUGAUGGGUGCUGUCUACAUGUAUAACUAUACAAAUGGAGACGAAAAGUGGAAGAAACCAGUAGACGGCCUCCUCGGCAAAACCCUAAAGACAUUCUUCCCGAACGGGGACGUUAUCGAAGAUGUCACUUGCGAGCCUAUCAAAAAGUGCAAUUUCAACGAGAUCCUCUUCAAGGGCCUCACCUCGUCAUGGCUCGCAUUCACAACACUCCUAGCCCCCGACACCGCGGCGCAGAUCAAGCCCAAACUCGCCAGUUCCGCAGAAGCCGCCGCAAAGUCCUGCACGGGAAACAACAACAACACGUGCGGUAUCACGUGGUAUCAGAACAAGUGGGACGGGACAACUGGUAUGGAGCAAGAGAUUAGCGCAACGAAUGUCUUCCUUGCGAAUUUGAUCAACUUUGACACCGGCUCGUUUGGGCCUGUCACCUCCAAGACUGGAGGAAACAGCACCAGUGAUCCCAAUGCGGGCUCGGAAAAUGAUGAUGAGAACAAGUUGAAGCCUAUUACGACUGGGGACAAGGCCGGCGCCAGUAUUUUGACCUUGAUUUUUGUCUUUGGUUGGGCUGGUGCUGUGGCUUUCAUGAUGCUGGGUGGUUAA